AUGAAUUUCAUUUUACCAACAUCUCUACCAAAUCCAGACCCUGGUUUCAAUGUAAGUGUAACGAAAGAAGAGUUCAACUUGUUUCACAGUGUUGAUCGACAGUUGUUCAGUCGUUUGGUGAUGGAGCUUGGUCGAGAAACCUCUGAAUCGAUAAAUGUAAUGGCUUUCAUAUUGUGGGUUGAAAGAAAAACCAAAGACUACAAUUUAGUGUUAAAGAUUCUUCAACGGUGGCCUGACCUUAUGCUACGCAAUCUUGCUGAUGAGAUUGCUGUCCUUCUGAAUUGCAUUGAGAAUUCUGAUUACCCUAACGCUUGUUCAAGCGAAAGUAAGUUGUUGUUGAUUCAACACAUCUUGCGUCACAAUGUGACACUGGAGUAUUUUCAUGAGAAACGUCUGAAUGUGAUUACUGAAGUCACAAAGUUCAUCAAUGAUGUCUGUGUAAGAGCUUUUUCAGAUAUUAUUGAACAAGCAUUUUAUGAGAGAGAUGUGAAGGAGCAAGACCUAUAUCUUGCUAAUGUUUAUGCUGCUGAUACUAAUCCUCCUCCACAAAUCAUCUAUUAUGCUCCUCCUCCUCCUCCUAAUGCUGUUCAAAUGGUUCCACAACAACUUAAUGUAGUGCCACCACCACAGUAUAAUAAUAAUAAUAAUACUGGACAAGAUAUAAAUGAGAUUUUGUCCAAUUUGAAUUUGGAUGAUAUUUAUUCGGCUGAUAUUGGCAUUGUUGCUCCUGAUGCCAAUCGGAUCAAGCCAAUCGAUGAUAGGACCCUUUUCAUCACCUUUUCCAAGGGUUAUCCCAUUUCUGAGAAUGAGCUUAGAGAUUUUUUCACCAGAAAAUGUGGAGACAUCAUUGACAGGCUGAUCAUGCAAGAAGCAAAUCCUGCUGGCCAACCACUAUAUGCUCGUCUCGUUGUUCGUCCAGAUGCUAUCAACGUAAUUGAUAAUUUUCUGGAGUAUCAACCAAGGAUGAAAUUCGCCAUUAACGGGAAGCAUGUAUGGGCUCGAAAAUACAUACACAAGCCACUAUAUGCACACCCUUUUGAAGCUGGGCCAUCUAGAUAUUUUCCAUGAUGUUGUUUUUUUAUAACUGUGUUUUGUUGCUAUGAUGAUUGGGAUGAUAGCAAUCUUGAUUACAUGCUUUAAUAAAGUUUAUGAC